UUCUCAAAUCAGCUUGGUGUCACAUGUUGUCGUAGUACCUGACUGUCAAUUAGAAGUAAAGGACUAACUGUUUUCUUUCAUAAAGCCGUUUCAAAUAGACUCACCCUAUGAGAGGAUGGCCCCACCCCUGGCAAGAUCUGCUCCAGGUGAACUCAACCAUUGGUGGAGCCAGCUCAGGUUCCGCCUCCAGAACAGGAAGGGGUGGAACGAGAUGCUUGAUGAAACAUUUUUGCUGCAGAACAAAAGGACAAAUGACAUCCCUCUCUUCUUUGCGGCCAAAGAGAACAGUGCAGGUUGCAUUAAGAAACUUCUGGACUGUGCAUCCACUAACAUCUUUGAGAGAGGUGCUCUGGGGGAGACAGCGCUGCAUGUGGCAGUUCUGAAUGAUAACAUGGAUGCUGCCGUAGCUCUGAUGGACGGAGCACCUGAACUCAUCAAUGAGCCCAUGACCUCUGACCUCUUUCUUGGCAUGACACCUCUCCACAUUGCUGUGGUGAAUCAGAACUUUAACCUGGUCCGCAGUCUGAUUGGUAAAGGGGCGGAUGUGGCCACGCCCAGAGUCACAGGCCUGUACUUCAGGAAGAGAAGAGGAGGGCUGCUCUACUAUGGUGAGCACAUCCUGGCAUUUGCGGCCUGUGUGGGGAAUCAGGACAUCAUCUCCAUGGUGAUCAACGCAGGAGCCAGCACCAGGGCCCAGGACUCCAUUGGUAACACAGUGCUCCAUAUUCUGGUCCUGCAGCCCAAUAAGACUUUAGCAUGCCUGGCGUUGGAUCUGUUGUUGGCCCACGACGUUGAGCUGGACCAGACUGUGCCACUGGACAUGGUGCCCAACUAUCGUGGCUUAACGCCCUUCAAACUGGCUGCCAAGGAGGGCAACCUUGUGGCCUUCCAGCACCUGGUCAACCGGAGGCGAGUCGUCCAGUGGAACCUGGGACCACUGAGCUCUAACCUCUAUGACCUCUCAGAGAUCGACUCCUUGGUCGCCGACGACGACCACUCUGUGCUGGAGCUCAUCGUGGGCAGCCAGAGGAGAGAGGCAAGAAGGAUACUGGAAGUGACUCCUGUUAGGCAAUUGGUCAGUCUCAAGUGGAACCUCUAUGGAAAACACUACUUUAGAUUGUUGCUGCUGCUGUACCUCCUGUACAUUGGGACCUUCACACUGUGUUGCGUGUAUCGCCCUCUAAAGGACGCUCCCGAGAAUUACACUGUAUCUGACAUGGACAAAACCAUCCGCGUGCAGAAAACUCUGAAGGAGAGUUAUGUGACCUAUGGGGACAACUUGCGUCUGGCAGGAGAGAUGAUCAGUGUCCUGGGUGCCCUGGUUAUUCUGCUACUGGAGAUCCCAGAUAUGCUGAGAGUGGGGGCCAAGCAGUACUUUGGACAGACGGCCCUGGGGGGACCCUUCCAUGUCAUUCUUAUUGCCUAUGCGUUCCUGGUGGUGCUGCUGUGUGUGUUCAGGGUCAGUGGGGUGCAGGGGGAGGCAGUUGUCAUGGCUGUGUGUCUGGUGCUGGGCUGGAGCAAUGUCAUGUUCUUCGCCCGAGGCUUUCAGAUGCUGGGGCCUUACGUCAUCAUGAUACAGAAGAUUAUAUUUGGAGACCUGACCAAGUUCAUGUGGCUGAGCUUCAUCGUGCUCAUGGGGUUUUCUACCUCCCUGUGGAUGGUGUACAUGACUCAGGACCCAGACUCUCUACCUGCGUACCGCUCCUUCCCCAUCACUCUGUUCUCCCAGUUUGAGCUGAGUGUGGGUCUGAUAGACCUGCCAGUGGACCACACCAUCACAACGCCCCCUAUUGUCCAUGUGCUGCACUGCACCUUCUCUGUGGUCUCCUACAUACUGCUGCUCAACCUGCUCAUAGCCAUGAUGAGUGAUACACACUGGAGAGUUGCCCAGGAGAGGGAUGAGCUCUGGAGGACACAGGUGGUGGCCACUACCCUGAUGUUGGAGAGAAGAUUGCCCCGCUGCCUGUGGCCCCGGCUGGGGGUGUGUGGACUGCUCUAUGGCCUGGGGGAGCGUUGGUACCUCCGGGUUGAGGAUCGCAACGACCCACUGGUGCAAAAGAUGCGUCGCUACGUGCAAGCCUUCUCUAAGGAUGAGGACCAGAGCAAGGAGCGGGAGGAGAUGGAGAACACUGACAUGUCAAAAGGACCUGGAAGCCCUCUGAUCAGACCCAAACACAGGGGUGGGAUAGAUGGCAACAGGAAGUCCCUCGCAUGCUGGCAGAUGAUUCGCCACAGCGCUCUGGGUUUAGAUGUGGAACAGGAAGAGCCUGAGGAUGACCAGGAAGUAAGAUACGUCUGAGGUUUAAGACAGAAAAACAGAUCAUUAUAUUGUUAUUAUAUAAUAUAUGUGUGAUGCAAUUAUGUAUGUAUGCAGUAUUAUUUGUCGAAAACAAAUGAUUGUAUUGUAGUAGCAAGUGUAUAUGGACAAGACUGGGUUGAAAUGUAGACUCGAUUCAUGUUCAGUGUUUUUGGACCAUGUAUGUCACUUUACCAUUCCAAGUAAAGCACAUCAAUAUUUUUGUAUUAAAGAUUUUACAAGACAGUAUAAUAAACUUUACUUUUUACUGGAACCUUUUUGUUCAGGAUUGUAAAUCCAAACAGAAAACCAAAUGAUUGGUUAAUGCAAAUAAUAAUGUAGAUCAUUAUUACAUUCAAAGUCAUUAAAAAAAUAUCUCACCAAAACAAGCAAAUAA